AUGUCUGAGCAGGACUCUUCGUCCGGGUUUGCCAGCAGUGUAGAGAACGGCACCUUCCUCGAGCUGUUUCCUACUUCGCUAUCCACCUCUGUGGACCCAUCCGCGGGCCACCUGUCCAAUGUCUACAUCUACGUGUCCAUAUUCCUCAGCCUCUUAGCGUUUCUGCUUCUGCUGUUAAUCAUUGCCCUUCAGAGGCUCAAAAACAUCAUCUCCUCCAGCUCCUCCUACCCAGAGUAUCCAAGUGAUGCCGGAAGUUCUUUCACCAACUUGGAAGUCUGCAGCAUUUCCUCUCAAAGGUCCACUUUUUCAAAUCUCUCCUCCUGA